UCACCCCCCCCCCCCGGGCCGACGGCUCCGGAAGAAUCAUCGAAUCGGGCAGCCGGGGAGUUGGGCGGUUUAUUCGUCAUCGCCCGGCGCUGGACACGAUUGCGGGCGAUGAGAAGUUUAUUGGGGGCAGGAAGAAGUUUGCACGGCUGUUUAGCGGCAGGUUAUGAAAUAUUUUUGGAUGCUACAAUUUAUAAGAGGUCGCUAUUCUUAUAACUUCUGCAAAAUGAUACCACGUGUUGGAAAACUGCUCACUUCAGGUACAGCAAAACAGUAUCAUCCAAGUGUGGCACCCAAAAUCAAAGCAGAGCCAGCAAGAGGACUCGUGGAUGAACCAGUCAAACUUGAGAUUACACAUUUAGUCCCAAACCAACAGAUUACAUUGCACUCGCAGCUUUUAUCUGAAGAUAAUGAUUGGUGGAUGGCAUACGCCCAUUACGUCAGUGAUUCAGAGGGGAGUGUCCGAGUCAGUCAUGAUAAAUCAUGGGGAGGCACUUACACUGGUCAAGAACCGAUGGGCUUAAUCUGGAGCAUGAAGCUUGCACCUGAUAAUCGUCAAGGAAUGAGGUUGCGGAAGAAGGAUAUAACCAUCCCAUUUUCAAUAACUGUUUCCGUACACAAUGGGUGGAUUUCCAGUAAUUUUGACAAGGAAGCAGUACUGGCAUCGGUUGUAUUAGAACGCUUUUAUAUGGCCCCAGGCACCACUAGGUUAGAGGUCAGAGAUGGUCGUGUUGUUGGAACACUAUUCUUACCACCAGGCCCUGGACCAUUUCCUGCAGUUCUAGACAUGUGGGGUGGUGGAGGUGGUCUUGUUGAAUACCGAGCAGCUCUUCUUGCAUCCAGAGGAUUUGCAGCACUCGCCUUGGCGUACAUAGGACAUAAGGAUGUUCCACCAUCAUCGGAAGUCUUUGAACCAAAACUUUCUUACUUUGAGGAGGCCUUUAUUGCCCUCAAUAACCAUCCAAAGGUUGCAAAAGGGAGAGUUGCCCUUGUUGGGCUUUCGCUUGGAUUUACAGUGGCACUCCUGAUGGCAACAGAGCUCAAAAAUAUUCACCCCAAGUGUGUAGUCUGCAUCAGUGGAAGUCAUUUUAACCUUCUCAAGGACGGAAAUGCUGAUCUAUUUGUUGAUGAGAAUGAUCACAUGGAUAAAAUUAAGUUUGCGGAAGAUGGCUCUAUGAUAUGGAAAUACAUUCCCUUGCCGUUCCCAAAUGAUUCAAAGUUCUUCGUGAAGCUUGACAAAAUCAGAUGCCCCUUGAUGAUUAUCUGUGGUGAAGAUGAUCAGAACUGGCCUGCACCAGAAUCUGCUGUUGAGAUACAGAACCUGAUGAAGAUUGUAGGAAAUGAUCACUUGCUUACAACAAUCUCCUAUCCUCAGACUGGACAUCUAAUUGAGCCUCCAUAUAGCCCACAUUUCAGGGUAACCAGGUUUAAGAUACUUUCACUAAACAAAAUAGUGAACGUCUUAUGGGGAGGAACAACUAAACCUCAUUCCGAUGCUCAGGAGGAUUCCUGGAAAAGGAUUCUUGCAUUUCUAGAAAAACAUCUUGUAAUUGAACACCCUGCUGUAAUCCAGUCCAACCUGUAAAAGUAGUUUCUUGUGUGAAAUUGCCAAUUGUGCCUUCUAAAGAAGCAACUUUGUUACUUGGUCUGUUUUACACCUUUUGGAUUCAUUUAUAGUUUACCUUUGUGGCAUAAAUUAUACUUGAGGUUGGAUUAGAGUCGUAAGCAGAUAUGCAUGGAAGGGAACCAUUUAGCCUACUGUAACUGUCAGAUCUUUGGCAGAGCCAUACUGUACAUAUAGUCCCACUACCUACUUUUUCCCAAUAUCCAAGCAUUCUUCUUCAGUUAAUUCAGCAGUUUACUUUUAAGUGUUUCCAUCAAGCUUUUCAGCAUCAAUAUGGGGGUGGUGGGGAAAUCCCUAUGGUUCAAACUCUUAAAAGUUGUGCCCUCUGUCACUGGAAACAAGUUUUGAUCAUCAACGAGAAAAAUCUUUGAUCUUCCAUUUAUCUUCUCUGCUGUAAGGUGAAGAACCUUGUUUCUCUGGUCUCUCUAGCCUUUCAUCUGUGAUACCAGCCUUUUAGGAAGGAGGUAUUCCUUAAAGGGUUGUGAAUCUAUGGAUUUUUUUUCCCCCCAGAAGGCUGUUAAUGCUUAGUCAUUGAGAAUAUUCAAGGUUCAAGUCAAGGUUCAAUCUUAUCUGAAGGAAUUUUGGUUCAUGGGAUGCUGCUCAGAGGAGUUCUCUUUCUCUGGUAAUACCGAUAUGGUAUAUUUUUAUACACCUUUAAGUAGGUGAUUUGUCUUCACAGGAUGUAUUUUGCUUUCUUAUGAUGAUAUUCAAUUGAUUCGCUUGUGAUUUCCUGUGGAAUUAAUCAUUGAUGACUGAAACUGCAUUCCUGAGGAUGUCAAGUUAUUUUGAUAGUGCUCAGUUUAUAUUCAUGGUUAUUUAGGGUUCAAGAGAAAGUAGCAAGCUUGGUGUAAACUUUAAAUUAUAGUGUUUUCAUGAAUAAAAGCUGCUUGCAGUGGUGUUCCACAGGGCUCAGUGCCAGGUACCCUCCUCUCAAUGAUUUCUUCUUAGUGAUUUUAUAUUUAAAUGAUUAAGAAGUCUGUAGAUGAUACAAAAAUUGGUUGUGGUUGAUAAUGAGUAAGAAAGCUGCAAUAGAGGUAGAAACUCUUGCCAAAUUUAAAAUGUUUUUGGUUGAGCACUUGAUAAUAGCCUUGUAAGUUACAACACACCAAGAGCAAGAACAUGGAUAGCUUUUUCAGCCAACGUGGAUAUAAUGGGCCAAAUGGCUCUUUGUGUUGUAAAUAUCUAUGAUAUGGGAAUCAGGCAGAAAAGUGAAUUUAAGGUAGAGAAUCAACUAUGAUAUUGAAUGAUGAAGCAGCCUCAAAAGACCAGACAGAAAUCUAAAUCCUGUUUUUCAUGCUCCAUGCUUUGGUACUCAACAUCAAUGUUUAUAAAAUUCAAAAUCACACAUGGCCUUGUCAACUUGUCUUUACUUCAAAAAUGUUAUGUGCAUCAAUACUCAAGCACCUAUCUUCCUCCACCUUACUUAAAAAUUAACUGAGAUUAUAUUUAAGACCAACAAACAUUUUAUAUUGAAAGAUUCAAAUUAUGUUAUGUGCUAUUCUCUCUCUUUGGUAAUACUGAAUGGUGUAUUUUUAUACACGAAGUAGGUAAUUUGUCUUCACAUUAUGUACUUUUUUUUCUUUUGAUGAUAUUCAAUUGUUUCACUUGUAAUGUGAUUUUCUGUGGAAUUAAUCAUUGAAUAAACUGCUGACAAACUGCA